AUGGGCCCUUCAGAUCCAGCUAACAGCACCAGUGAUAUCACCCAUGGAGGUGGCGAAGAUAGCCCGGGCAACAACAGCAUGGAUCCUCAUAAGCCUGUCUUUGUGGAUGACAUCACCAAGCACCUGAGCGUCCAGAUCACCCUCAUAACAGCUUAUUCCCUUAUAAUCCUACUGGGCUUGGUUGGUAACGCAUUAGUGAUUUACAUGGUCUUUCUAUACAGAAACAUGCGCACCGUUACCAACUACUUCAUCGCCAACCUUGCCUUGGCCGACCUGAUGGUGGACACCAUGUGCUUGCCCUUCACGUUGGUAUACACCUUGCUGGAUGAGUGGAAGUUCGGGGCGGUGAUGUGCCACAUGGUGCCUUACGCCCAAGCUCUAAGCGUCCACGUGUCUGUCCUGACCCUCACGGUCAUCGCUCUGGAGCGCUACAGGUGCAUCGUGUUCCACCUGGGCCAACGCCUAACCAGAUGUGCUAGCUUCCUCAUCAUCGGCCUGACGUGGGCCUUCGCGGCCAUCCUGGCUGGACCUUUGGCUAUUUUCCGGGAGUACCGCUACGAGGAGAUCCCCUACAUUAACCUGCGGAUUGCUGUGUGCUCUGAAAAAUGGCCCCAUGGCACGAACCGGGAUGCCAUCAUCUACAGCCUCUCUAUGCUUCUUCUACAGUAUGUCUUUCCACUGGGCAUAAUAAGCUAUGCCUAUGUGUGCAUCUGGGUCAAGCUGAAGAACCACGUGAGCCCGUCCAACCGCAACGACAACAUCAACCGUCGCAAGAAGACCACCAAGAUGCUGGCCCUGGUGGUCGUGGUCUUCGCCGUGUGUUGGCUUCCCUUCCACAUAUUCCAGCUGGCCAGUGACCUUGACCUGAUCCUCAAGUUUAAAGAGUACAAGCUUCUGUACACGUUGUUUCACAUCGUGGCCAUGUGUUCGACCUUCACCAACCCUCUGCUCUACGGCUGGAUGAACAAGAACUACAGGAACGGCUUCCUGAUGUUCUUCCGCUGCGAGCACAAACCCGACACCAUCCACCCCGAGGGCUCCUUCCGAACUCGAUCGCUGCGAGGUUUGAUCGUGAACGGCCACAACGACGGGCAACCAGCAACCGCUGUCUGA